UCAGCUUCAGCUCCACACUCUCUAACCGAUCUCACCCGAAUGAACAGGAAAUGCUCUGGCCCAAUGUCUCCAAGAAUCAGACUGCAUCAUGGUGCAACGGCGCUCGCCCCGCGAAUGUCUGAGUGAGCCGUACGUCGACGAGCUUCCCAUGCGAUGCCAGCAAUUGCGGAAGGGAUUCAGCGAGUGCAAACGCGGCCUGAUCGAUAUGCGCAAGCGGUUCCGCGGAAACCAGCCUAUCUCGGUAUCGACGACGGAAGGCGGCGGCUCCAGCUCGUCCCAGCAGCUAUAUGCGGGCAAGCCGGCGUUUGAGACGGUCAAGGAAAUUAGCGGUGAUGAGGUGCAGAUGGAUCCGGAGAAGACUCGUGGUCUGUGAGGGGGUUUCGUUAUAUCUGGUGUCCUGAGUGAUGGUGACACAGAUUGGUUUCCCUAGUGCACUGUAACAUCAUGUUGUGCUUUUGUUGUUUUCGCUGGCAUUUGGCUUGGAGUUUGGAUGAUUGAUUGAUUGUUGGGACUACUUCACUCAUGUACCCAAGCCCUGAUAGUGUGUAUG